CCCCCUCCCCCCGAAAAUUUCCCCACUCGUACAAAGGAGGGAAAAUUCCCCCCAUUUAUUUUCACGAAGAGCUAAAAAACCCUCUCGCUCGCUCUACCCCGCUCUAAUGGCGGUCAAAUCUAGGGUUUGGAUCUCUUCGAUUUUUCUCGCUUUAUUCGUUUUUUCUUCGGUUUCUUCAGUUAGGGUGGAGGAGGGGACCGAAGCUAAGCAGGAGGAUUCGUCGGUUCUCACGCUCGACGCGUCGAACUUCGACGAGGCGAUCGCUAAGCAUCCCUUCGUCGUCGUCGAAUUCUACGCUCCUUGGUGUGGACACUGUAAGAAUCUGGCUCCUGAGUAUGAGAAAGCUGCAUCGGUGCUGAGUAAGCAUGACCCUCCAGUUGUUCUUGCUAAAGUUGAUGCUAAUGACGAAGUCAAUAGAGAGCUUGCCACUAAGUAUGAAGUGAGCGGCUUCCCCACACUAAAGAUCUUUAGGGAUGAGGGAAAGAAUAUCCAAGAGUACAAAGGUCCUAGGGAUGCUGAUGGCAUAGUUGAAUACUUGAAGAAGCAAGUUGGUCCUGCUUCUGCUGAGGUCAAAUCCUCGGAUGAUGUUGCAAACCUCAUCAAUGAUAAGAAAGUUAUUAUUGUGGGGAUUUUCCCUGAAUUUUCUGGUCAGGAGUUUGAGAACUUCAUGUCAGUUGUAGAUAAAUUGUGUUCUGAAUAUGAGUUCAUCCAUUUAUCGGAUGCUAAGCUCCUUCCUCACAGGGAUUCAUCUGUUAAGGGACCCGUAGUUAGAUUACUCAAGCCCUUUGAUGAACUUUCUGUUGAUUGUCAGGAUUUUAAUGUGGAAGCAUUAGAAAACUUCAUUGAAGUUGGUAGUGUGCCUAUUGUCACAACUUUUAACAAGGAUCCCACCAACCACCCUUUUGUCAUUAAAUUCUUCAACAGCGAAUUCCAAAUUCUACUUGAGUUUUAUGCACCUUGGUGUGGACACUGUAAGAAGCUGGCUCCAAUCUUGGAUGAAGUAGCUGUCUCGUUUGAGAAGGAUGCUGAUGUGGUCAUUGCAAAGAUGGAUGCUACUGCAAAUGAUAUCCCAGGUGAUUUCGAUGUUAAAGGAUAUCCAACUAUGUACUUCUCUUCCGCUAGUGGAAAGGUUAUGCAAUAUGAAGGAGGUAGAACAGCGGAGGACAUCAUUAAUUACAUAAAGGAGAACAAGGACUCCGCUGCUUCAUCAGAAGUGCCAGUUCAGUCCUUAAUGGCAAUUUUGUUCCCAGCCGAGGAGCCUCUCUUCUUGUCUUCUCGGAUCUGUGCAGUGAAUCAUGGAAUUCAGCUAAUGUUUGCCACAGAGUAGCAUGUUUUGCUCAGCUUGGUGAGGAGAAUCAGUUACACUCGGGUAUGUAGAAUUUGCUCUAUUCAGUACAUUUCUCUGGAUGUUGUUGUUUUGGAUUUGUUUCCUAUGGCCUAGACGGGGAAAUGCUUUCCGGGAGACUGUGUUGCUGUUAUUGGUUUUGCUGUACAUGUCCAUGUGGGUUUCGCUGGAAAAGCUGGUUUGCCUUCUUGCUGGAAAUGGUUGUACGUUUCGGAAAUCACUGUAGCAAGUCUUCGUUCUCUUGCUGGAAAUGGCAUUUUGUGCAUAUCAAAAUUCACUGUAGCAAGAGGAAGUUUGUAAUUAAUGAUACAAAUUUGAUAUUGUUGUUUCUAGUUUUCUUGAUGUAAUCUGUUUUUGAGAGACUUUAUGUACCUGGGUAUGCAAGAGGAAGUUUGUAAAUUAACGCUUUAAGCGCUCAAGGGGAAAUGGAAAAAUAGACUUUUAUGUUGA